GAUGCUGCGUUCCACGUCCACCGUCACCCUGCUCUCUGGCGGCGGCUCCAGAGCGCCCGGGACGCCCAGCAGGAGGGCAAAUGUCUGCAGACUGCGGUUAACCGUGCCACCCGAAAGUCCAGUUUCAGAGCAAACUGAAAAGAAGAUUGAGAGAAGAGAGCAGCCUCCUGAACUAAGCAAUGGAGAACCUACCAGGAAACUUCCUCAGGGUGUUGUUUAUGGUGUGGUGCGAAGAUCCGAUCCAAAUCAGCAGAAAGAAAUGGUGGUGUAUGGGUGGUCCACCAAUCAGCUGAAAGAAGAGAUGAACUACAUCAAAGAUGUAAGAGCCACUUUGGAAAAAGUAAGGAAGCGGAUGUAUGGAGACUAUGAUGAGAUGAAACAGAAGAUUCGCCAGCUUACCCAGGAGCUAUCAGUUUCCCAUGCUCAGCAGGACUAUCUGGAGAGUCACAUCCAGACCCAGUCGUCAGCCCUGGAUAGUUUUAAUGCUAUGAACUCGGCUUUGGCUUCGGACUCCAUUGGCCUGCAGAAAACCCUUGUGGAUGUUACUUUGGAAAACAGCAACAUUAAGGAUCAAAUCAGAAAUUUGCAGCAGACGUAUGAAGCAUCGAUGGACAAGCUACGGGAAAAGCAGAGGCAGUUAGAGGUGGCGCAAGUGGAGAACCAGCUGCUGAAACUGAAGGUGGAAUCUUCUCAAGAAGCCAAUGCUGAGGUGAUGAGAGAGAUGACCAAGAAGCUGUACAGCCAGUAUGAAGAGAGGCUGCAUGAGGAGCAGCGGAAGCACAGUGCCGAGAAGGAGGCGCUCCUGGAAGAAACCAACAGUUUUCUGAAAGCAAUUGAAGAAGCCAAUAAAAAAAUGCAAGCAGCAGAGAUCAGCCUGGAGGAGAAAGACCAGAGGAUUGGGGAGCUGGACAGACUCAUUGAACGCAUGGAGAAGGAACGGCAUCAACUGCAACUCCAACUCCUGGAGCAUGAAACAGAAAUGUCAGGGGAAAUCACUGAUUCUGACAAGGAAAGGUAUCAACAGCUGGAGGAGGCAUCAGCCAGCCUGCGAGAACGGAUCAGACACCUAGAUGACAUGGUGCAUUGCCAGCAGAAGAAAGUCAAGCAGAUGGUUGAAGAGAUUGAAUCAUUAAAGAAAAAAGUGCAACAGAAACAGCUUUUGAUAUUGCAGCUUUUAGAAAAGAUUUCCUUCUUGGAAGGAGAGAAUAAUGAGCUACAAAGCAGAUUGGACUAUUUAACAGAAACCCAAUCCAAAACUGAAGUGGAAACCAGAGAGAUUGGAGUGGGAUGUGACCUUCUACCCAGCCAAACAGGCAGGACUCGCGAGAUUGUGAUACCUUCUAGAAACUACACCCCGUACACGAGAGUCCUGGAGUUGACCAUGAAGAAAACACUGACAUAGGCAUGUGGAUACAUGCACUUUCUACAGGUGGCAAAGCCCCUGAAACCUUGUGGCUUCAAGUCAGGAAAGGGUGACUGUUGCUUCUUCAUAUACGCAGUGUAAACAGGAGUGGAAAAUUGCUGAGCCUCUGACCUACUUCCAAGAGAGGAAGGAAAGUGAAGGCAGAGGGGACACAGAAGGAAGAGAUCUAUAAGGUCAUAUUUCAGACACCCAACCAAUGUUACCCUGCUGUACUGUAUCGUCAUUUAUUUCUCAUGUAGACACUGAAAUCCUAACAGAAUUUCACAAUUUAUUUUGUGUUUUGCUAGAGUUUGGUUGGGAAGGGAAAGGGCAUUAGUUUGAAAUUUCAUGUUACUCAUGCCAGGGUGGGUUAUUAUAGCAUGAAAGUUUUGUUUACCCAUAAAAGUAUUAGAGACAGUGUUUCUCUGGCACAAAGAAGCCUCUUCACAAGAAGCAUGGGCACCUGGAAAAACUUGAACCUCGAAGAAAGGAUUCCCAAUGUACAGUGCUCUCUCCUCUUGGUGUUGAGGGUCUGUGCAGGGUUGUAGGAGCCACCAUUAGAGACUUGUGUGGGCCAGACAAGCUUCAUUCUGAUUGCUAAUCUCUUAUUUUAAUUUGUGCCUUAUGCCUUUGUAGGAUCAGCUGAAAUCACCGUAUUUAUUCAACCUGUGAUUUUUUUUCACUUUAACUUAAAGAGAAUUUUUUAUGUUGUAGAAAUUUAAUCAUUGGAUGUUUUCAGUAUCAAUUGGUGUUUUUGUUGGAAGAAUGAGUAAUCUGUUCAGGCAUGCUGUACUUUGAUAUUAUUACCUAUAUCACAUAUGUUUAAUAAAUACCAUAUAUUUUGUUCUACUAA